AGCAGUGGCUUGUUGGGGCGGCUGGUUUGUUGUGGAGGAAGUGGUCCUGCCCCUGGAAGCAGCUGUAAUCACAUGAGAUGAGGCUGCUGCUGUGUCACGUGAGGCGCCGCUUCUAAAAACAUGGCUCCAACGAGCUCAGAACCAAGCAGAACCGGAUGACUGGCUGCGUGUCGUGUGUCUGCAGACAUGCACCGGUGCUGGGUCUCAGCAGGAGGUGGCAGGAGAAACGAUUCGAUCCGGUUUGCUUGCAAAAUGUGAAUGAAAUUCAUCCGGUGUGAAAGAGCGGAGCGACGUUAGCUUAAACGCCAACUAGCUGUCAACCGCUACAAGUGGCGAAAAGCGUCUCGGAGAGGAGGGGAAUUUAAAAGAUUACCUCACCACUGGAUGAUUUUGAUGUUUCUCUCAUGGAAGUUUAAAUCUUCUAGCCGCUAAGACGUGAAAGGAGUGCGGAUCUCCAGUCAGUCAUCCGAAGACUCGCAAUGGAUUGGCUAAUGGAUGCAGUUGAACAAGACAUGGGGAUUGAACGGCGGCAGCAAGGACCAGGUCGCCGCCCCGGAGAACUCGUUGCGCUUGUUUCUAUGCGCUGGGUGAUGAGCUUGAGGGAGAGAAAAGUUGUGCGCUGUUCCCGGUUUGAGAGCAGCAGUGCAGCAGAAAUUUCCACAUACCUCCAGUCUUCGCAGGCCAAGUUGCCGCCUGGCUGGACACGAGUCUUCAUCCAGGGUGUGAGAAAAAGCAAACUUAAUUACAAGCUUGCUAGAGAUGCGUGUCAUCAACAAAUGGAAGUGCCAUCACAGGAUUCUUACUCCAGAACCAUGCAGUGUGUAUCGCAGCAUAACAUCAGGAACCUGUGGCGGGAAGUUCACUACAAGCUUGUGCAGCCAUAUGCGGGAGCCAGCGAGCAGUUGCACAUUUCAGCUGUGCAUGCUGUGCGCCACGCAUUGGAGAAACUUUUCAACUCUACAUUCAUCUCAUCGGACAAAGUGUCGCCAUCUCUUUCUCCAACCAAAGAGAGAGACAACCUCCUGCCAUCAUGUUCAUCUUGCUUUUCCAAGUCCCAGUCAGAGAAUUCCUGCCCUAAUGUACUGCCCGCAGAAGGUCUGCUGGAGACGGCUGAAAUGUUUUAUGUUAUUCUGCCCUACACUCAGUAUUCGCUUCAUGACAUUGUCACCUUCAGUCCCGCCAAGCUUGCUAACAGUCACGCCAAAGUGUUGUUCAUCAUUUACCAAGUACUAACUGCUCUGCAGGCAUGCCAUUCAUCCGGUCUGUCAUGUGGAGAGCUUUCUCUGCAGGACAUUUCUGUAGACGAUCAGCUAUGGUGCCGUCUCAAAGUCAACCUGGCACAUUACGAGGACCUGGGAGCAAAAGUGAAGGUAGACAGCGAUGCUAGUUUGAAUCCACAGCCAAAAAACAUUCUGCUGAAAGAACUUUCACACUUGAGUCAAGGGAACAAGAGACUUUGCCAAGAUUGCUUUGGUGAGCUGAAGACGCUAGUUCUGGACUGGGUGCACGGACGAGUGAGUAACUUCCACUACUUGAUGGAGUUGAACAGGCUUGCUGGACGGCGAGAAGGAGACCCUAACUAUCACCCUGUUCUGCCUUGGGUCGUGGAUUUCACUGUGCCAUUUGGAAAGUUUAGAGACCUCAGGAGGUCAAAGUUCCGACUCAAUAAGGGAGACAAGCAGCUGGACUUUACAUAUGAGAUGACCAAAGAGGCGCUGGCUGCUGCAGGGGGUAAUGGGUUGAGUGGAGGUGGUGUCGGUGGAGACUUCAGUAUCUGUAGUGGUGCAGGAGGUGCCGGGCAGUCUGAACACCUCCAUGUACCUCACCACAUAUCUGAUGUGCUAUCAGACAUCACCUACUAUGUCUACAAAGCCCGACAGACGCCCAAGUCUGUACUAUGCAGCCACGUUAGAUCUCAGUGGGAGCCAAAUGAAUACCCAGCCAGCAUGGAGCGCAUGCAAAGCUGGACCCCUGAUGAGUGCAUUCCAGAAUUCUAUACAGACCCUUCUAUUUUCCAUUCCAUCCACCCAGAUAUGCCAGAUUUGGACGUACCUUCUUGGUGCAAGUCUUACGAAGAGUUUAUCGAGGUCCACCGGCGCCUCUUGGAGAGCAGAGAAGUGUCUCAGCAUUUGCACCAUUGGAUAGACCUCACAUUUGGCUAUAAACUUUCAGGGAAAGAAGCUGUCAAGGCCAAGAAUGUAUGCCUUCACCUGGUGGACAACCACACCAAUCUGACCACCUAUGGUGUGGUUCAACUGUUUGACCAGCCCCACCCACCUCGCUUAUCUCCUUCUCAGUAUGCCCCACCAGAGCCCCCUCUCCUUGGCCUUGCUGCUCUUGAUGUGCCUUCUCUAAACAUCCCUGCAUUAAAUACACUGGGUGAUACAGUGGAUGGAAUGGUGCCAGAGUCCACUGGGUGCGAGUCCAGCGCCUGGACUAUGGCAGAUAGAGACGACGAGCUUGAACAAGGUACAGAGGCUCUAGAUUCUCUGGCAUCCGCCGGGUCAUCCAAUCCAGUGUCUUCCCCCGUACCGCUGCCGUCUGUGAAUCCAGCAGGAGGAAAGGGUAGUGUGGAGCACACGGCCCUAAUCACUCAGUCUCCAGGUUCAUUCAGUGGGGAUUUUACAAGUGGUUUAGGUCCUGGUUUACGAAGUUCAGUGUUACAGAGAGGUUGGUCAACGAGCAAAAAACAAGCAGAAAACGUGACCAAUCUGGAAGAAACAAAAAUAACGCUUCCUGAAGGCUUCAACCCAUUGCAACCUUUGGAAGAGCUGGAGAAGUUAAAUAAUUUUUUGGUGAAAAAUGUUCACACCAAUGUAUGUCAACUUGCAGCAACCGGUGGCUCACUGAGGGAGGGUCUAAUAGCUGAAUCCCGACCCUCUCUUGCACAGCUUUACCAAAGAGAUAUGCAAGCCUUGGGUGUGGCUAUCGCAGAGAUAUUCUAUUCGACUAAACUCAGAAGACUGAAACCAGGAACUCCCCUCAGACAGCGUUUCCAAGCUAUUUUGAGGCUGUGCUCCGCCAGCCUCCGCGAUGUUCCACUGCCCUUGCAGCACGCUCUUGAGACACUUUUGCUGAUUGAAAGGCACUCUAGAGUAGCACAGAGUGAAGAGGAAGACCGCUCAAAUCCACUCCUUUUUAGGUACGACCCCAUCCGUGACGGCCUCCCUCCUCCAAGCCCUCACCAGUUAUUGAACACCUUCACCACUCCUUUUCCCUUUCCCUCCUAUUUUUCUGCUCUUCAUCACUUUAUCUUUUCCUACCAUACCAAGAUGGACACCGUCUGUAGUCUUCAAGGAAGAGAUGUUGUCUUUCAUCUGUGGCAGCAGCUUGAGGCGCUCUUGCGGAGUAACAUCACCGCCGAGGGGCUUGAGAUCCUCUUGCCUUUCAUUCUGGCUCUCAUGCUUGAAGAAUCCACUGCUGUCUAUGCCGCAUGGUACCUUUUUGAGCCGAUCUCUAAAGUCCUGGGUCCUAGAAAUGCCAUCAAGUACUUGGUAAAACCUCUAGUGAACGUCUAUGAAAACCCUCACUGCCUCAGGGGUCGGUUUUAUCUCUACACCGACUGUUUCGUUCUCCAACUGAUUGUGAGGCUCGGUCUGCAGGCUUUUCUUUCCAGCCUCCUUCCGCAUGUGUUCCAGGUCCUCUCUGGCUUUGAAAGCUCUAUCUCUAUAACUGGUGGUGACGCUUCUAAAGGGCUCAGGCGUGGUGUGUGUAAUUUAGGAGAAGAAGAGGAGGACUAUCAGUGUGGCGAGGGGCUGUCACCUGGAAACGUUGGUGGGAGUGCGGCCAGCGGAGGUGUUGGUGUGAUGGGAGACCCCGGACUGGUUGACUACUCCUCUGGCAUUAGUCUCAGUGAGCAGGUGUUUCUGUCAGAGGGAGAAGACUUUCAGAAUGAGUUUUACGAUAACGGUGGAGCCGGAGGGAAACAGCAAAGCCAGAACUCUGCGUCCAAAGAUCAGGACCAGGAGUCUUUGAGCGUCGGGAAGUUAAGCGACAAAAGCAGCACAAGCGAACUGUCUUUGGGGGAUGACUCAAUGCGGGAUCGAGCCAGUCUGAAAUCAGCUGACAGCAGCCAGGAUUUAAAACAUGCUAGCGAGGGAGAGGAAGGAGGAGAAAUAGAGGAAGAAGAGGUGACUAAAAUAAGUAAAUAUGGAGCGGAGGACAUGGCUCAUUCAAACCUUGAGCAGUCAGGGUGUGCUGAAGAAACAGCAGUUGCAUCUGUAGAACGUGAGUUUAUGAAUGGAUUGACUCUGGAAGAGACGGAGAAAGGAAUUGAAGAAGAGCAGGAAGAAGAGGAGGACAAUAAUACAUUAGAGGAGUCUGAGGAGAAAGAGCAGAAGAUUCUUUUAGAUACAGUCUGCAAAACAGUUCGUUGGCUUUCAGCAAAGCUCGGCCCAACAGUGACUUCUCGAUACGUAGCCAGGAAUUUGCUGCGAUUGCUCACAAACUGUUACAUUGGACCCAAAAACCACCAGUUUGUGAUCUGUCCUUCAGAGGAAAGCCACCUGCAGGCUGUGGGGAUGGGUAGUGUGUAUGAGAAGAAACCUGUUGUUGGUGAUCAUACUGCUGGACCAGUUCUAGACUGUCUCAUCUACAUAGCUCAGCUUUACGGAGAGCCUGUGCUCACAUAUCAGUAUCUGCCUUACAUUGGAUAUCUGGUAUCCCCACCAUCCUCGCAGCGUCUCAACACACGUAAAGAAGCAUGUCUCCUUGGAGCUGUGGCCCUUGCACAGAAGAUCAUUGUCUUUCUCUCGGACGCCACUCUCAUGGACAUGCUGAUGAAAAUCAAUCAGGAUGUGCUUCUGCCUCUUUUAGAUCUGCUAACUACACCCAAAAUGGGGUUUCCAAGUGGUGUCCAGACUCGCACUGCACUCUGUCUGAAGACACUCAGCCUGAUGGCUCUCAUCUUCUUGCGCAUUGGGAGGGAGAUGGUGCAGCGACACAUGGCUGACACGUUGCGCCGGUUCUUCGCCGUUUUCUCCUUGCUGCAUUCUCUGCAACCCCAGCUGGAGUGUGCAUCUCACAGACUGGUGGGAGACGUAACAGUAGUUGAUGUCCGUACACCUGAAGGAUCAAAUGUAACCUAUGAGAUGGGUACCUUGGAGGAGUUGCAGACCGUUUUCAACCCAGAGAUGGCACAUGCCUCUUACAUCCCUUUCUACUGCCUGAUAGGUGACACAGCAAUUCGGAAGCUGGUUCCCAAUCAUGAACUCGUCUGGCAGAUGGCUCAGUCCUACCAGCAGAGCGUGACUCUUGGUGGUACACAGAAGAACCUCAUCUCAGCACCCCUCUCUCCUACCUCCAGCUUCGGGAGACACGUGCCUUCUAGCUCAUUCUCUGCUCCGUCAAGUAGCUCCACCUCUGAGGGAGACCUCCUCCCUGAAUCAGGCACAUUUGGAAGUCACCUGGUUGGCAACCGUAUCCAGGUGUCCCACGACAUCGACUACGGCAGCAGCUCUAACCAUGGCUUGGCCGGGUCUUGGGGACGCUCCAACCAAACCGCCUCUGUCAUUUCCAAUGCCUCUACCUUUGCUGCUUCCACUGCGAGUGCGACAUGUUUUUCAUCAUGGUUGACGGGCCCCUCCCCAGAGGACAGCGCCCUGAAGCAGGAGCUCCCUCGAAGUAGCCGCUCACUUCAGGGCAACUGGCUGGCCUACUGGCAGUAUGAGAUUGGUCUCAACCAACAGGAUUCCCAUUUCCACUUUCACCAGAUAAGACUGCAGAGCUUCCUGGGUCACUCAGGCACAGCCAAGUGUUUGGCACCACUGGUGGGUGAAGACUACUUCCUCUCUGGUAGUAAAGACAAAACCGUGAAGCUCUGGCCUCUUUACAACCAUGGGGAUGGGACAAAAGAAGUGGAGCCUAGACUAACAUAUACUGAACAUCGAAAAUCGGUCUACUAUGUUGGACAGCUAGAGGCUUCACAGGAGGUUGUCAGCUGUGAUGGCACUAUUCACCUGUGGGACCAGUAUACAGGAAAACAGAUCUGCUCAUACGAUGCCUUGGAUGGGAAGAAUCCCAUCACGGCUGUCACCACCAUGCCAGCUCCCCACUGCAGUGUGGUUUUUGGCAGUGCAGAUUCGGUUCUACGCUUCAUUGAUCCCCGGAAACCUGGUUUGCAGCAUGAAUUCCGUCUGUUGUACAACAAUGUAAGUGCAGGGCUCAUCCGCUACCUGGCAGUGAGUCCGUCCGGACGCGCGGUAGCUGCAGGUUUCUCGUCUGGCUUUAUUGUGAUGCUGGAUGCCCGUACUGGACUUGUACUGAAGGGCUGGCCUGCACAUGAGGGGGAUAUCCUUCAAAUGAAGGCAGCUGAGGGGAAUCUGGUGAUCAGCUCCUCCACUGACUACACCCUGACGGUGUGGAAGGACCUUGAAAACAAGCCUCUUCGCCAGUACAAGUCUCAGUCCGACCACAUCCACGCCUUCGACCUGUACGGGUCACAGAUUGUAACAGGAACGGUCGCCAAUAAGAUCGGGGUGUACUCGAUGGCCGAUAUAUCCCUGAGUCCCGUGAGCAGCACGAAGCUGAGCUCGGAGAACUUCCGAGGCACUCUGACCAGUUUAGCGGUCCUGCCCACAAAGAGGCUUCUGCUGCUCGGCUCUGAAAACGGUGCCAUUAGGUUGUUAGCUUAAUCUACUAGCGCCCAACUCAACUCAGCUCUUUCCUCUGGCCUCUAUAGUGUCUUAUCCACAGUUAAAAACUGUCGUCCGUCCCUUCUGCACUUGAAGUGGACUGUAGCGAGUCGGCUUUCCUUUCAGAUGUUCCUUUGAAUGAAGCAGCACAUAGAAAUGAUGUAUAAACCCACAAUGUACAGAAACCGGCCAGUUUGGCUGCUCGCACUGACAGUAGAUGCCCCAACAGCUACCCAAGUUUCAUGCACACAGCUUACGAUAUUUGAUAGGAAAUUCCCGUCUUGACUUGGUCUUUAUUAAGUUGACAAAGUCACAAGAAGAAAGUGAAAGACAUGCUCAGGAAGGUCUUUUUUAGUGUUUACACUUUUCCACAUAAGACGUAUAACCAAACCAAAAAAGAAACUCAUCAAGCUCACCCUCCAGCCGCUAUCCCAACAAGUGCAUCAAAUUCACAUGCACUGAGUAAACUAUGCAGUAUUUGUAGCUCGCCUCAUUUUCUGUCAUUUGCUCCAUGUUUUAUUAAACUUGUUUUACAGUAGUUUGUAUAUAUACGAUAUGAAUAAUAAACACACACUUGUUAUAACAGUGUCAUUGUGCCUACUCCGAAGAGUCCAAACAAACGGUAAAAGCUGCACAAGCCUUUAAUCUACUGCACAAGUAACAUUUAGAUUCUCACUCAGACUUUUCAGUGCUGAAUGUUUUUAAUCCAGUAGAAAAAUGACUUGAACUUUCUUUUGUAAAGCACGCUUAAAAAGAGUUCGUUUGAGCCUUGUAGCAACAUUACACAGGGAGCGUAUCACGGCUGGUGCUGCUUUUGCCGGCGAUUUUUCAAUCACAGGACUACAAAAGCUCAUAUAGAACAGUCGAUGCCAAGACGAACAACUUUUGUACUUUAACCUAUAUAUUUCCUUAAAUACAAGUAUGCUUGGAAAAUGUCUACUGAACCUAUAAAUGAAUAAAAUUGUAGUUAAAGCUGCUGCUUUUUGUGUAGAAAUAUUGUUCACAAUUCUUUUUUUAAGCUAAGUAGCAUACAAGUAUGAAAGCUCUGUGCUUUGUGAUGAUGUCAAGUUGUAAAACUGUUUUUCGGAUGAUUUGCCUCAAGUCCAAAACGCUUUGAUAGUGUCGUGCACAUUUGAAAGUUUUGUGCUUUUCAUAAACCUGAAGUGUGAACUCGACCACCAUUCCAGAAGUCAAUCUAAAGGAAAACAAAUAUUAAUUUAUUAAUUUGCUCAAUAAAAGUUGCCACAGUAUUUGUUGUA